UGCAAUUUGCAGUAUGCAACCAUACUCUUUUCGAAUGCUUGCACUACUCCAGAGUCCAGUCACUACGGCGAGUAUGAUGACCGGAAACUAGCCAAAGGUCAUACCGAUGUCUUGUGGUCCUUUACCGGAAGCGAUUUUCCGACUGACAAUGUUGCAAAUGCCCUUUUGAGCUUCUCUGUUUGAUUGGUUGGUUCCUUUGGGUUUCGAAGAAAAUACAAACACAUCCUCUGCUCCCACUAUUUCACUCUUCCGGUCUCGAGUGUGAAGCACUCGGUUAGUUCCAAAAUCAAUUUAGUGAUGGGUAGUAUCCAGAAUGAUUGGGAUGAGGAAUGCUCUGUUAUUGGAGACAAGGGAGAAAUUGGAUUCAUUGAUUUCGAGGAUAAUAAAUCAGUAUGCAGUUACAAUCCAACUGAAGAGGGCCCAGUCAUUAUUUCUGUCCCAUUUUCUUUUCUCCAUGGGAAGCCUAGAUCAAUUCUUGUGGGAGAAACAGUUUCGGAUUCAAUUACAAUAAAUAAUACCACCUCUGAACCAGUUGAACUUUGGGGAGUUAAGAUUUUUUGCUCAAAUCCUGAGGACUCAUACACCCUGUCAUUAAUGGAACCCCCUUCAACCAAUUCAGGUGUGGAGGCCAUACGUGGGUUCUUGGAAUCAACUUCUUUGCAGGAUAGAGUCCUACAGCCAGGCCAGACUCUAACAAUAUGGCUAUCAUGUAAACCCAAGGACAUUGGUUUGCACACAACAGCUGUGCAUUUUGAUGUGGGGGAUGACAGGAUAGAACGGGUCGUUUUCUUAUUGGCCGAAGACAAGAUUUCACAGUCUCUAACUUCAGAGAUGCCAUAUUCAAGAAUUCCAAGGAGAAGACAGUUAACUGUGAAUGAGUAUGUGGCAGGUUCUCGCCCUGCAAGAGCAAUGGCAAAAUAUCCUAAAAAAAGACUUCGCCAAUAUGAAAUUCCAAAGGAUGUUAGGGAGUUGAUAGAGAAAAAGCAGGUUCCUGGGGUAAUUGGAGAAGGCUUAAGGAAGGGGAAUUAUGCUGAUUACUUCAGUACAUUACUGGUUAUGGAAGAAAUACAUUUGGAGGAAGAAAUGAGGGCCUAUGACAUGGAGUUUGUCACAAUGAAGAAGAAGGGGUCCCAAUUCUUGGCUCUUGAGGUCCCUGGACUGGCUGAAAGAAGGCCUUCAUUGGUCUAUGGGGAUUUUGUUUUUGCCAAGCUUGCCUCUGAAAAUUCAGACAAUUCUACUCCUCCAUACCAGGGGUUCAUCCACCGUGUUGAGGCUGAUGAAGUGUUUUUGAAGUUUGCUAAGGAGUUUCAUGAUCAUCACCGUGAUGGAAACCUGUAUACUGUCACAUUCACAUACAAUAGGGUGAAUAUGAGAAGGCUAUAUCAGGCUGUUGAAGCAGCGGAAAGUUUAGAGACCAAUCUCCUUUUCCCAACUUCAUUCUGUAAAAGGAGAACAAUCAAAACAACCCCAAUGGUGCCUUUAACCCAGAAUCUCAAUGAGGAGCAAAUGUUUUCAAUUGAAAUGAUACUGCGGUGCAAAGGUGUCCCGCCUUAUGUAAUCCAUGGGCCACCAGGUACUGGUAAAACAAUGACACUUGUUGAAGCAAUGUUACAGAUUUAUACAACGAGAAAAGAUGCACGGAUUCUUGUGUGUGCAGCCUCGAAUAGUGCAGCAGAUCAUAUAUUAGAUAAGCUCAUCAGUAAUGAGGUUGCUCAAGUUCGUGAGAGUGAAGUAUUUAGGCUGAAUGCAAGUAGCCGUCCCUAUGAGGACAUUGAUCCUGAUAAGAUACAAUUUUGCUUCUUUGAGGAGUUUAUCUUUAAAUGUCCACCUCUCAAGGCUUUACUACGAUAUAGAAUCAUCAUAUCCACAUACAUGAGUGCUUCUCUCCUUUAUGGAGAAGGCAUCCGACGAGGCCAUUUCUCUCAUAUAUUUCUGGAUGAGGCUGGCCAAGCCUCUGAGCCAGAGACCAUGAUCCCCAUUGCAAAUCUUUGCCAUAGGGAAACAGUUGUUGUUUUGGCUGGAGACCCAAUGCAACUGGGUCCUGUUAUCUACUCCAAAGAUGCUGAUACUUAUGGAUUAGGAAAAUCUUUCCUGCUACGGCUUUUUGAGUGUGAAUUUUACUGUAAUGAGGAUGAAAAUUUUGUCACAAAGUUGGUGAGAAACUAUCGGUGCCACCCAUCAAUCCUGGAUCUUCCUUCAAAGCUUUUCUACAAUGGGGAAUUGAUUGCUUGUAAAGAAGAGAUAUCUCCCUCUACCAAUGCAUGGAUGGAAAUUCUUCCUAACAGAGAAUUCCCUGUUCUGUUCAUAGGAAUUCAAGGAUGUGAUGAAAGGGAAGGUAAUAAUCCAUCAUGGUUUAAUCGCUUUGAGGCAAGCAAGGUAGUCGAGAUUAUCAAGAAGCUGACAGCAAGUGAUGAUCUAACUGAGGCAGAUAUUGGAGUAAUAACACCUUACCGCAAACAAGUACUCAAGUUAAAGAAAACCCUCGAGAAUUUGGAUAUGCCUGAAGUAAAGGUUGGGAGUGUGGAACAAUUUCAGGGACAAGAAAGGCAGGUCAUAAUUAUAUCUACUGUCAGGUCAACUAUCAAACACAAUGAUUUUGACAAAAUGCACUGUCUGGGAUUCCUUAGCAAUCCAAGGAGGUUUAAUGUUGCCAUUACCCGUGCUAAAUCUUUGCUUGUCAUCAUUGGAAAUCCACACAUUAUCAGUAAGGAUCCUUAUUGGAAUAGGCUCUUAUGGUAUUGCUCAGACAAUAACUCUUAUCAGGGUUGUCCUCUACCAGAAAGGCAAUAUUAUGACGAGGACCCUGCCAAGGAGGAGUACUGGAAUGAUGAAGAGAACUUUCAAUCCUCCGAUCAAGCAGAAUGGGCUGAUAAUUCCUUCCAAGAAGUUCCAAAGCCCGUCACUGAUGAAGCUGAAUGGUCAGAUGGUUGGAAGUGAAUUUUGUCAAAUACAGAUUUCUUUAUUUUCUUGGACCUCCCUUUCUAUCAUUUGUUCAUUGAAUUGGUCCUAAAGAUGCCAAAGAACAAACAAUUGAGAUCUGUGGGAGAACCAUAACAUUUUUUGUGGCUCAUCCCACUACAAGUCUACAAGUGAUGAACAUUUUUUUUUAUUGGUAAAGAUAAAAUUUCAUUAUCCA